AUGGACAACCUUGAUUUUUCGGAAGAUGAAAUUGAGCAACAGCUCUCUGCACUAGGUUACACCGAUAUUCCAAAACAGAGACUCCAUCAGUUUAAACAAGAUCUUGAUCAGCUGAUUCGUCACGAGAGGUCAAAGAGCCACACCUCAAGUAACUGGACAUCUCCAAAAUCUCAAAGCAGCACAAGCCCCCCUGCAUUCACCAAAGAGAAAGUUAAGCUGAGUGACACUGGCCCUUCCUGCAGCUACAUUUUCUGUCAGAAUGGUUCCACUGGACAGCAGAGACAGGUGUUGACCUCCACAUUUACUGAAGAAAACCAUGACCCUGCUCUUCAUCGCUUACACUGUGACUCCUACACACGGCACUCGAUAGCCCCGAAAUGCAUCCGCCCCUCCACCGCACCCAACAGACUGGAGGUGGAGGAGAGCUCCUCUGAUAUCUACCAGUCUUUACUCAAUGCCAGUCAAAUGUCAAAUCCAGACAGAGACACCAGAGCUAAUGGGAAGCCUUUCAUCAAAAGGAAGGUUCUUAGGAAAUACAAGGGCCAGUCACAUGUUUGUGAUGAAUCUACACAUAGUGAAGCAAGCUCAGGUUCAGCGAGUGGCCUAGAGGAACAGCUGGACAGGCUGGGUGUAUCUACAUUGAAUGCUCGUGGUGACAUUGAGCCAGAGAGUGAAGAAACAGGAAGCCUUAGUGACAGACACAGCUCUGGAGCAGACGACCUCCCCAGUGCCUUUCACACCUACAUCCGUGGCAUGGCCAGAUCUCGGAGUGAGAGUGACAUACGACCGCGCCCUAAAUCCUUUAUCCGGCCACUAAUGGAUCACCCUCACACCAGAAAUCUCAAAAAGACAGAUCCUGUUGCCAGGUAUUUCCAGUACAAACAGGACUGGGACACAUUCAAGGCCCCGGGAGAAAAGGACAGGAGAGAACUACACUGGGCAAUACGGGAACAACUAAUGUACCAACCUCCUCCACAGAAGCCCCAACGGAUAUUUGUGCCCAACACUUAUGUGGUCCCAACAGACAAGAAGCGAUCUGCACUACGAUGGGAAAUCAGAUAUGAUUUAGCCAACGGCAUCAUUCCUACAAAAAUCACCUACCCAUAA